AUGAGAAGAACAUUGAUAUUGACUUGGAUUCUAAUCCUCUAUCUCUUCAGCAUAUCAGUGCAGAGCAAGUAUCAUUCACGAAGCUUGCCAUAUGAUUCCGAGGAGGCCAAAGUCACCAGUCUCCAUUUCUUUUUGCACGAGACUGUAAGCAGCAGCAACCCUACGGUGGCCAUGAUAGCUCAGGCUAACAUCACAAACAACGAUAACAAUUCAUCAGUGCCAUUUAGCACCGUUUUAGCCCUUGAUGAUAUGUUAAAGAUUGGUCCUGAGAGUAACUCAGAGGUCAUCGGAAAUGCUCAGGGGCUUGGAGUCCUCAUAGCGGAAACAAGUACAACAAAUCUACUGUGGUACUGGGAUUUUGGAUUCAUCACGGGUAAAUUCAACGGCAGCUCUAUCAGCAUGUUUUCAAGGAAUCCGACAACGGCGAUUGUACGUGAGCUUUCGGUAGUUGGAGGAAGAGGAAAUUUUAGGAUGGCGAAAGGGUAUGCACAACUUCAGGAUUACAUUCAAAAUGACACCAAUAUCAUUUCUGAGCUUUAUGUGACUGUUAUUCACUAUUAG